AGGGAAAGAAGAUACCAAAACCUCCUUAACUAUAUAGAACAUAGUACCUAAGAGAGUUCUUUCCCCUGCCAACAUCCAGAUAUUCAAUUACCACAAAACAAAAUCAUCUGAAUGUUAUCUUUAGCAGCAGGCCCUAGACAAUCAGUGUCCAAUGUCAAAGCUAAUUCUCGGACCAGAACGACGCACCCAUCCUCUGGUCUGGUGUGCUGCCAUAAUCUGCACGAUCAUCGCUAUCGCGGUGAUAAUCACGGGGCUCGUCGUGUUUGCAGGCUACAUGAUUAUCAGACCGAGAGUCCCUUAUAUCAGUGUCAACUACGCUAAUCUAGACCAGCUAAAUUACAGUCAGACAGGACAAGUGAACCUCCAGAUAUCUCUUAACAUCAGGGCAGAAAAUGAAAACGCUAAGGCACACGCAAGCUUCUCUGAUGUAAGUUUCAUUCUCAAUUUCCAUGGAUUGAAGAUUGCCCAAUUAAGGGCUGAUCCAUUCGACGUGCCUAAGAACGAGUCGGUCAAUCUUGCUUACGUUGUUCCAUCCAUGUCAAUUCCAUUAGAACAGGAUGCUAUGGAAGACAUGGAUGCAUCAUUGAAACAGAACAAAAUAUCAUUUAAUCUUAAAGGCGACGCAAGAACAAGAUGGAGGGUGGGUAUCUUAGGGUCUGUGAAGUUUUGGAGUCACUUAUCUUGUCAACUCAAUUUCUUUGCUAACAAUGGUAGCAGUAUAAACACUGAUUGCAGUUCGAAGUCUAAAUAAUGUAAAAAUUCAUCCAUUUAUUGUUUUCUUUCUUCGCUUUUCUUGAUACAGUAUCAAAAUGUCAGUAACCUUUUUCCCUAAAUUACAUAUGAUCAUGAGCUGAACAAGGAGUAAAUUUCAAAAAUUCAAUUUUAAAUAACAUUUAAUAUACAUAUCAAUUGGCAAUAAGAUAAAAACUCUGGGCAAGAACAAAAAAGUUCAGAAAAUUGAAAGGAAAAGGAAGAAAAAAAA